AUUCAGCCGGGGUCAAACUGUCUUGGACGAAUUACAUGAUAGGUAGUAGCCUUCCUUUAGAACGCGAUAUCCUAGUCAAAAUUAAACAUUCUGACGGCGAGUUCAGUGCGGUUAUUUCAACAAAUGUAUGCAGAAUAACUCGGUCGAACGAGGAGACUAGAACCGUUGUUGCCCUGAGUGGAGCGCUCUCUGAUGGGUGUGAGUCGGCUGGAUGUUCUCUACAGACGGUUUCUCCUCACCAAACUCUUCAUUCAGGGAUGGGGAAAGCCAGAAGACCUCAAACGAAUAUUUGAAUUCCGGAAGAUUAUCGGGAACAGAGAGAAGUGUAAGGACCUGGUUCCGAAGGACUAUCCAGUUUUCAUAGAAAAGGUAGAGGAGCAAACUGACUGUAAAAUUCUAAAUGGCCAUUUUAUCUCUCCCCUGGAACAUAUUGUUCCUGGCAUUUUGCCUUCAGAGUCAGUGAAAGCAAGGUUCCAGUUUUUAGUGCCUAAAAGAUGGAAGAAGUACAAGCCAGUGUGCAUUCAUCUAGCUGGCACUGGGGAUCAUUUUUUCUGGAGGAGGCGGACGCUUAUGGCCCGGCCAAUGCUAAAGGAGACUGGGAUGGCCUCCCUUUUGCUGGAGAAUCCUUACUAUGGAUACAGAAAACCUAAAGACCAAAUGCGCUCCUGUCUGAAAAAUGUCUCGGACCUGUUUGUGAUGGGCGGAGCUCUGAUCCUGGAGUCUGCUGUCCUACUGCACUGGCUGGAGAGAGAGGGCUACUGGCCCCUUGGCAUGACUGGCAUUUCUAUGGGAGGGCAUAUGGCGUCUUUAGCAGUCACAAACUGGCCAAAGCCAAUCCCACUGGUGCCUUGUCUCUCCUGGUCCACAGCAUCCAGCGUGUUUACCACCGGAGUGUUAAGUAAAGCUGUAAACUGGAGGGAACUGGAGAAGCAGUACGCCACAUACACAGUUUAUGAAGAGGAAAUCACCAGGAUGCUGGAGUACUGUGGGACCGAUUCAUUCAGGAUGGGUCAGGAUUUUGUGAAGAAUGCACCCAGAAGCUUUGACUCCCUCUCGGACCUUGAUUUCACCUCUGACUUCCUGAGGCUGCACCAAUCAGAACAGGAGAAACUGCGCAUGGGGGCAUCGGCCAUGCACUCGCAGGUGGGUGGAGCAUCUGCUGGCCGCAGUCUGCAAAUUGGUAGAAACCAUAAUGGGCUGGACCAGAUGCUUUCGGCGGUGAGCAGCAGUGCCCCGCAUAUGGAAAUGCUGAAUGCCAAGAACAUCACCCAGGAGGACGGGAGCCGGAGAACCCUGCAGCGCGAGUCCUUGGGCUUCAUGAAGGGAGUCAUGGAUGAGUGCACACACAUCGCCAAUUUUUCAGUGCCUGUGGACCCCAGUCUUAUAAUCGUGGUACAGGCGAAGGAAGAUGCCUAUAUUCCUCGCACUGGCGUGCGUAGUCUGCAGGAGAUUUGGCCAGGCUGUGAGGUGCGCUACCUGAAUGGGGGUCACAUCAGUGCCUAUCUCUUCAAACAGGGCCUGUUCAGGCAGGCCAUUUACGACGCCUUUGACCGGUUCAUUCGAAACUACAGCAUCCCGUGAUUGAUUUGAAGAAAGCAUGCCGUUUAAAGGACCAGAUGGAACCGUUCUCACCUGACCCAAGAUCUGUCCCCAGUGCACUGGAAAUGGGAAGGAUCAGACUUUAGUCACAGCAGCUUGACCAGCUGUAUGUCACCUUAACCUUUGCUCCUGCCCUUAAAUAAGAAUUUGGUGCUAUUUGAAGCUGUCAGAGUAGUGGUAUUUUUGAGAAGAAAAAAAGAAAAAGAAAAUAUAAAAGUAUUUGAAUCAAAUAUUUGACAUUGCAUGUCAUUUAAUGCUAAUUCACUCAGCUCAUUGCCAAGUCUACAGUCUUUGUCCUACCUGUCAUUCCUGUUGCCUUUCAGUCAAUGUACCUGACAGCAGCUUCUUUCAGGGCAGCGGAGGAGGGUUGUAUGAUUCGGCUGGGUUGUAUGAUUCUCCUGGUGGCCAACCCUGUAUGCAAAUACUGUUCAGAAUCAAUAGUUCAUCGUUUGGCCUGGCUUUGUGCAUUGUUUUAUGUCACUUUCUCCCUCUCUGCCUUCCUGGCUGAAGUUAGGGUACUGAAUUACACUCACAAUUAUAACAUGUCAGACUGGGCUGCAGAAACCCAAGGAAGUAAAUCUGCCAAAAGAACGUU